AUGGGCGUACACCAGAGGACAGGGGUUGACAGCCCUGUGAACGGUGAAGCCAUUGUAGGCAGCCCGGAGGACGUAUUAUUGCGCGACUCACAUCUGUCGGAAGCAUUCAAACGACUAGAGCGUUCCGAACAUACUACGGUUCAGGAUGCUGAGUGUGAGUCGCUAUCAUCGCCGCGCUGCGUUCCCAUCCUCAGGGGGUGUAUACAUCUCCUCCUGGCCCUGAUGUCGCCACUGCUGAUAGUGUGGCUCAUGCAAGAGGUGGUGAACGAAAACUACAUUGCCGAGUACUUUAUUGCGUUCGUCUGCUGCAUUCUCAACUUCUCAGCCAGCGCAAUGCUACACCACAUGCCGUGGAAUAUGCAGUCGUACGACAUGUGCCUGAAGCUGGACUACGCCUGCAUUUUUCUCAUGAUAGGAGGCUCCGCGGUGCCGUCGACAUACGCAGCCGUCAGCGACAACCUCGGCGUGCUCACAACGCUAAUACAGUGGGCAGGCGUCUCUCUAGGCGCAGUCGGAGCGCUGGCUUUCAGCUUCGUCGCCUCACCGCCGUCGUACAGGCUACUGGUAUACUUCGCGGCAGGAUCGCCCUACCUGUAUCACUGCUAUACCCUGUACAACAUCAAGUGCUUCAUCGGUCUCCUCUCUGCGUGCUUGACUCUUGUAAUCUACAUGUCGGGAGGGAUUAUCUACGUCAAAGAGGCGCCAAAUCCCUCACCCCACUACUUCGGAUUCCACGAAAUAUUCCACCUAUGCUGCGCAAUGGCGCUAGUAACCACCUUUGUGGGAAAUCACAAAAUUACGAACUUCGUUAAUGAUAUUUAA